AUGGCGCUGACUGGGCGCCGUCACCAGCUGCUGAGCCCAGGGCUCCGCUCGCGGUCAUGCUCAUCAAGCGUUCACAACGCUGCCCGCGCUGGUUCCACUUCCACCCUGCCGUCGGCCACUCACGAAGCGUGCGUGCUUCGAGAAAGCAUCUCUGAGGCGUGCGCGAGGCAUGGGCGGCGGCGGGCGGAGGGGGGGCGCGGUGGAGCCUGCCGCCGGCGAGGUCGAGGGUGCUGGGGAAGCUGGGGCCCUCCUUCGGCGCCGGCGCCGGCUGCGGCGUCGGGUGUGGGCGUCGGACUCAUCGGCGGUGCAGGAGUUGGGCCUGGGUUCCCUGGAUUACGCCUGGGAUUUGGAGUUGGCGCCUGCUGUGGAAUAGGAAUUGGAUUUGGUUAUGGUUUUGGAAAAGGAGUUGCUUAUGAUGAGAAUGGGAAAUAUUCAAACAUUGGCAGAUCAAACCAGAAAUCUAAGGGUCUUCCAUCUGAAGAUCAGAUCGACAUCCUCAUUGAUGAGGUGAUCGAGAACACAAAAAAACUAAUCAAAGCAAUAUUAAAGGAGAUUGAUAAGUGGAGGUUGCUACUUCGUGAAUGGCCGAACUGCUAUUUCUGUCCUCUUUGUGAACGGAACUUGGAGAUAGCUCUUCAUCUUUUUGUCGAUUGCCCUUUCUCCAAGCAAGUUUGGACAGCUGAGGCAGAAGCGGCGGCAUGGAGUGGGAACUCUGGUACUUCUUAUUAGCUGGUCAGUUUGGAAAGAGCGGAAUAAUAGAAUUUUCAGGAAGGAGGAAUUACCGCUACGAAGAUUCUUAGCAAUGCUGAGGGACGAGAUCAGAAUGUGGAUCUUCGCGGGUGCUCGACAUCUCGAUGCUCUAGUUGGACAUAUUUUUUGCGAGUAGUCCUCUAUUGUACUUGAGCCUACUCAGCACUAUGUCUAGGUUGGAAGUUGUUUUUCUGGCGCCUCUGGCACUGAUGUAAACUUUAACCCUUCUUAUUAACGAAUGCUGGACUAUAAUGUCCAGGUCUUUCAAAAAAAAAAAGGCAGAUCAUAGGAAUUUCAGAAA